ACUGCAAAGAUGGCAUUUUCUCUUCGCAUGUUCUUCCUCCUUUGCGGGAUCAGCGGACUUUUGUCUGGAACUUGGUCUUGGCCUCGCAAGGACAAUGAGUGCUGUCCUAAGGGCUGGACUCAGUUGGAUGACCACUGUUACGUCUUCAAAGAUGAUGAGAGGACUUUUGCAGAUGCAGAGAGCGUCUGCAACAUUCUUGGUGGAAAUCUGGCCUCAGUCACCAGUGCCCUGAAAAAUGUAGUCGUUUAUCAACUGAUUACGGAAGGAGAAGCAUCUGACGCAUGGAUUGGACUCAAUGAUGCCAUUGAGGAUGGAGAGUAUUUUUGGACUGAUGGCAAAGUCUUCGAUUUCGAGAACUUUGUCUCCAUGCGAAAUGACACAGGCAAUUGUGCAGUGAUGGUUUCUAAAGGUGAAUGGGAUGAUGCGAUGUGUACUAAUUUGGAGCCAUACGUUUGCAUCAGAGAGGUGUACUCAUACUGUGGCAAGCACUAAUCCUCCCAUCGGAAUUUCUGGAAUAAUGUCUUUCACUAAUCACGAUGAGUGUACUGAGACAAUAUCAAACUUUAGUGGUGUCUGUAUCUCUGGGUUCACUGUCAAGUCUUCUUUUCUCUUCUUUUAUGCUGUUCAGUUUUGGAUUUUUUGUCAAACACUUUUAAAAUUGAAAAGAUCUUCUUUUAAUUAAAUAAAGGAACCUG